UGAGGGAUUCCCCCGGUCCCGAAGAAGAGAGGUUUCAGGCAGAUUGCCAAAAUGGCAUGUACAGGGAUGUGAAUGUGACACACGCAGAUGACCGGUCCCGGCAGGCUUUCAGUAAUGUCCGCGUACGCUACAUUACACAUCUUAUAGAUGCUUUACACAACCGCUUUCCUGAAGAGUCCCUGAGUAUUAUCACUAGCUUUGACGUCCUUCUGAACCCAUCCCGAUACCCAAAUGCACAAAGUGCGCUUCAAAUAUACGCUGAACCAGCCCUCAAAACCAUUAUUGGUCAUUUUGGCCAAGGGAUUGCCAGUGAGGAUGACUCGGCGCAAGCCAGUGCCCCUCUCAUUGAUGCCACAAGCGCCCACAGAGAUGCCAUCCCCGUGAUGACAGCGCUCCGCGGAUACGGAGGCUUGCAUUUCUUAACGGCUUGCGAAGUCCUCGUAAGAGAUUUAGGCAACAUCUAUCCUGAGUGGGCCACACUGGCCAAGAUAGCAUGCGUGAUCCCUGUCUCCAGUGUGCCGGCAGAGAGAGGAUUCUCUCUACAGAACAGAAUCAAAACAGCGCAGCGAAGUCGGCUUGGCGAGAACAAGGUCACACGGCUCAUGCGCAUUGCCAGUUGUGGAGAGACACUCGGGACCUUUGAUUUUGAAUCCGCAGCUACCCACUUCACAGGUCUGAAAAAGCGUAGAAAGUAGGCUAAAACAUCAUAAGCUAGGCAUUUUGCUCUAGUUUUGUCAAAGAGUUUGUGUUACAAUUUGUUUAAAGGCUAUUUGAUAACAAGUCGGCAGCUGCGAGCCUUUAUUAAAAUGCUCACGACGGGCCAUACUCUUUUAGUUUGUGAACAAAUAAUAAUUAUUGUUUUAUUUUAUCCGACUAUAUGUAGGUCUACAGCUGAAUAACAUGGGUUUUUUGUUUAUUAUAUUAUGGCUUGCGUAAUAUAGGCUAGGCAAGGCUUUUUCUUGCUUGCUGCUUUGGUUGACUUAGCACCAGGUAAAACUACCUUCUGAACCGUUGACGCCUGUGUGAAAACAA